AUGACGGCAGUGGCGAUAGGAGGUCAACAACCAUACACGACGUACUUAUUUCUGGGAAAUGUAGCAGCAUCAGAUCUGCUGACGGAUUCUGCCGUCCUAUAUGGCGGUAUAGCAAAGAAAUCCGGCGAAGAUAACUGUUUCCAUCAUAUCGGGCUUAUCAUCGGCUUCCUCCCUGCGUUCGGUUGGCGCGGCGAUACCGACGAUGGACGUGUAUGCUGGUUCAUCCGUUUGGCACCACCAGCUCUCAUUAUAUUGACCACCGUGGUGGGAAUAAUCCCUCUGAUUGUGGUCAUUGUUCUGUACAGCAUCAUUCUGCACAAAGCCCUCCGACGGGUUGCGCAGCUGAAAAAAGCGAGCCGAGAGCAACAGGGCGCCCUAGCUGGCAAUUUACGGUUGUUCCGUGGUGGCGCGGCGGCAUCUGCUACAUCUGUUGUGGCGACGGCCGAACAGCCCCUCUCCGAAGAGCAUCACAAAACAACGAAAUGCUUCCAGUGCUGCAAAAAACGCUCGACCAUUGUCAGUCGGGGAAGCGGCAAGCAUCCGACCAAGUGGAAGGCCAUCAAGGUGGUCAUGCUCACGACGGGGUGCUUCGUAGUGACGUGGCUGCCAUAUUUCAUCGCAAGCACCAUGUAUGUCCUGUGUAACCCAGAUACGAACCCGGACCUGUGCCGUGGUUUACAGUUUGCUAUCGCAAGCCCGCUGGCCAUUCUCGGAUUCUUCAACAGUCUUCUAAAUCCCCUUAUCUAUGCCUGGUGGCACAAUGGUUUCCGAACAUCAAUGAAGAAGCUUUGGCGAAAAAUGUGCUCCUGUUGCUGCCAGUCAGGGGACAAUAAAUCAUUCCCACCAGAUCCGGCACUAGAGGUAUCGGCAAGAACGGCAUCCACCACCGGUAGUAGUAGAGUCGACGGCACCACUUCCGACGGGAAUGGUGCUAACCAACAGUCUCGAAGCUCAAAUACUACAACAUCAACAACUACCAACACUUCUUUUACUGCCAGUCCCCAGCCACGUUUUUCGAGGAGCAAUAACAUCAACAAAAAUAGUAACAGAUCGAUGCCCACGUACAGCAGCGACACCAGUGACCUGGAAAAUCGAAUAACAGACACGGAUACAGAUGGUCCCGAGCAGACUAGACUGUGAAAAAUGUAAAGGAAACAUUCGAGUGGUCCUUUCGUUCAACAAGAUUACCUUCGCUCCCUAGCUCAGUAUGUAGUGUGUAAGAAGAUAUUCGACCGUUUGUGUCAGUAUAAGUUUAUUCAUUUCACGUGUGUCAAAACAAGCAUACGGCGUACAAAACAAAGUCAACAAUCAUAUUAAAUUGUUUGUGAACUGAUCUGACAAAUUUAAUGGCUGAUAGGAAAAGAAAAUAAA